AGCCUCAGUUCUUUGGCGGCUGAAGUAAAUGUUCAAGGAGAGUUUGUAACACUGGCAACGCUUCGCGAGAUGUUACAGAUGCAGGAAAGAAUGUUCAAGAGCUUCUUUGACUCGAUCGUAACUAACGUGAACACUCGCCUCGACUCUUUAACUCAUUCAGUAGCCGAGUUAAAAGCAAGAAUUGCUAGCUCGGAAAAGGAAACGGGUGCUUUGAAAAACAGCCUUGAGUUUUCGCAAAAGGACAUCGAUGACUUGAAACUAGCAUUACUUAAAUUACAAGAACUGGACUCCGCCAUUGAAGAAAUUCAAGACGACUUGGACGAUCAAGAAGAACAAAUGGAGUAUUUAGAAAAUCAGAGUAGGCAAAAUAAAGUCAGAGUCGAUGGCAUUUCCGAAGAGGAUAACGAAACGUGGGAAGAAACUGAAGCUAAA